AUGGGCAACUUGAAGAGCGUAGGCCAGGAGCCUAGGCCGCCCUGCAGACUGGGGCUGGGACUGGGCCUCGGGCUAUGUGGCAAGCAGGACCCAGCCUCCCCAACCUCGGAACCCAGUCUGGCACCAUCCCCGGUGCCCCAACCCGCGCCUGACCACAGCCCCCCACUAGCACGGACCCCGGCAGGGCCCAGGUUCCCGCGUGUGAAGAACUGGGAAGUGGGGAGCAUCACCUAUGAUACUCUGAGCGCCCAGGCACAGCAGGAUGGACCCUGCACCCCAAAGCACUGCCUGGGCUCCCUUGUGUUUCCGAGGAAAACGCCAAGCCAGCCCUCCACAGGCCCUGCCGCUCCUGAGAAGCUUUUGAGCCAGGCCCGGGACUUCAUUGGCCAGUACUACAGCUCCAUCAAGAGGAGUGGCUCCCAGGCCCAUGAGCAGCGGCUGCAGGAGGUGGAAGCUGAGGUGGCAGCCACAGGCACCUACCAGCUCCGGGAGAGUGAGCUGGUGUUCGGGGCGAAGCAGGCCUGGCGCAAUGCUCCUCGAUGUGUGGGCCGCAUCCAGUGGGGGAAGUUGCAGGUUUUUGAUGCACGGGACUGUAGCUCUGCACAGGAGAUGUUCACUUACAUCUGCAACCACAUCAAAUAUGGCACCAACCGGGGAAACCUUCGCUCAGCCAUCACUGUGUUCCCUCAACGUGCCCCUGGCCGAGGUGACUUCCGGAUAUGGAACAGUCAGCUGAUACGCUAUGCCGGCUACAGGCAGCAAGAUGGCUCAGUGCGCGGAGACCCGGCCAACGUAGAAAUCACAGAGCUCUGCAUCCAGUAUGGCUGGACCCCAGGAAGCGGCCGAUUUGAUGUGUUACCACUGCUGCUCCAGGCCCCGGAUGAGCCCCCAGAGGUCUUCCCUCUACCCCCAGAACUGGUCCUUGAGGUGCCUCUGGAGCACCCCACGCUGGAGUGGUUUGCAGCCCUGGGCCUCCGGUGGUACGCCCUCCCAGCCGUGUCCAACAUGCUACUAGAAAUCGGGGGCCUGGAGUUUCCUGCGGCUCCUUUCAGUGGCUGGUAUAUGAGCACUGAGAUCGGCACUCGGAAUCUGUGUGACCCCCACCGCUACAACAUUCUCGAGGAUGUGGCCGUCUGCAUGGACCUGGAUACACGGACCACCUCGUCUCUGUGGAAAGACAAAGCAGCUGUGGAAAUUAACUUGGCUGUGCUGCACAGCUACCAGCUGGCCAAAGUGACCAUUGUGGAUCACCACGCUGCCACAGCAUCCUUCAUGAAACACCUAGAAAAUGAACAGAAGGCAAGAGGGGGAUGCCCUGCUGACUGGGCCUGGAUUGUGCCCCCUAUCUCAGGAAGCCUCACACCGGUCUUCCAUCAAGAGAUGGUCAACUAUUUCCUGUCUCCUGCCUUCCACUACCAGCCUGAUCCCUGGAAAGGAAGCACAGCCAAGGGCACAGGGAUCACCAGGAAGAAGACUUUCAAGGAAGUGGCCAAUGCAGUGAAGAUCUCUGCCUCUCUCAUGGGCACCGUGAUGGCCAAGCGCGUGAAGGCCACCAUCCUGUAUGGCUCUGAGACUGGCCGUGCCCAGAGCUACGCACAACAGCUGGGGAGGCUCUUCCGGAAAGCAUUUGAUCCCCGAGUCCUCUGCAUGGAUGAGUAUGACGUCGUGUCCCUGGAGCAUGAGACACUAGUAGUUGUGGUGACCAGUACGUUUGGGAAUGGAGAUCCACCCGAGAACGGCGAGAGCUUUGCAGCUGCCCUGAUGGAGAUGUCCAGCCCCUAUAACAGCUCCCCUCGGCCGGAACAGCACAAGAGUUACAAAAUGCGCUUCAACAGUGUUUCCUGCUCAGACCCCCUAGUCUCCUCUUGGCGACGGAAAAGGAAGGAGUCCAGUAACACAGACAGUGCAGGGGCACUGGGGACUCUCAGGUUCUGUGUAUUCGGACUGGGCUCCCGGGCUUAUCCCCACUUCUGCGCCUUCGCACGGGCAGUGGACACACGGCUGGAGGAGCUGGGUGGGGAGCGUCUGCUGCAGCUGGGUCAGGGUGACGAGCUGUGCGGCCAGGAGGAAGCCUUCCGGGGCUGGGCACAAGCUGCCUUCCAAGCCUCCUGUGAGACUUUCUGCGUGGGAGAAGAUGCCAAGGCUGCUGCACAGGACAUAUUCAGCCCCAAAUGGAGCUGGAAGCGCCAGAAAUACCGGCUGAGUGCCCAGGCCGACGACCUCCAGCUACUGCCAGGCCUGGUCCAUGUGCACAGGCGGAAGAUGUUCCAAGCUACGGUUCUCUCCGUGGAAAACCUACAGAGCAGCAAGUCCACCCGAGCCACCAUCCUAGUGCGCCUGGACACUGGAGGGCAACAGGGACUACAGUACCUGCCAGGGGACCAUGUUGGCAUCUGCCCACCCAACCGGCCAGGCCUCGUGGAAGCACUGCUGAGCCGCGUGGAGGACCCCCCACCGCCCUCCGAGCCCAUCACAGUGGAGCAGCUGGAGAAGGGCAGCCCUGGUGGCCCACCCCCUGGUUGGGUGCGGGAUCCCAGAUUACCCCCGUGCACGCUGCGCCAGGCUCUGACCUUCUUCCUGGACAUCACGUCUCCACCAAGCCCUCGACUCCUUCGACUGCUCAGCACCCUGGCUGAAGAGCCCAGUGAACAGCAGGAGCUGGAGGCUCUCAGCCAGGAUCCUAGGCGCUACGAGGAGUGGAAGUGGUUCCGCUGUCCCACACUACUGGAAGUCCUGGAGCAGUUUCCAUCAGUGGCACUGCCUGCCCCCCUGCUUCUCACCCAGUUGCCUCUGCUCCAGCCACGGUACUACUCGGUCAGCUCCGCACCCAGCAUCCACCCAGGAGAGAUCCACCUCACAGUUGCUGUGCUGGCAUACAGGACUCAGGAUGGGCUGGGUCCACUGCACUAUGGAGUCUGUUCCACGUGGCUGAGCCAACUUAAGGCUGGAGACCUUGUGCCCUGCUUCAUCAGGGGGGCUCCUUCCUUCCGGCUGCCACCUGAUCCCAGCUUACCCUGCAUCCUCGUGGGACCUGGCACAGGCAUUGCCCCUUUCCGGGGAUUCUGGCAGGAGAGGCUGCAUGACAUUGAAAGCAAAGGGCUGCAACCCGCCCCCAUGACCUUGGUGUUUGGCUGCCGAUGCUCCCAGCUCGACCACCUCUACCGGGAGGAGGUGCAAGACGCCCACCAGCGUGGGGUGUUUGGCCGCGUUCUCACCGCCUUCUCUCGGGAACCCGACAGCCCAAAGACUUAUGUGCAGGACCUCUUGCGGACUGAGCUGGCUGCCGAGGUGUACCGUGUGUUAUGCCUCGAGCGGGGCCACAUGUUUGUCUGCGGCGAUGUCACUAUGGCCACUAGUGUCCUGCAAACAGUGCAGCGCAUCCUGGCGGCGGAGGGCGCCAUGGAGCUGGACAAGGCCGGUGACGUCAUCGGCGUGCUGCGGGGCUUUCCUUCCCUGCAGGAUCAGCAACGUUACCACGAGGACAUUUUUGGGCUUACUCUGCGCACCCAGGAGGUGACAAGCCGCAUUCGCACCCAGAGCUUUUCUUUGCAGGAGCGACAGCUGCGGGGCACAGUGCCUUGGGCAUUCGACCCUCCUGGCACAGACACCCCUAGCCCUUGA